AUGACAAACCCCAAAAUCAAAGCCGUCCUCUUCGAUUUCAUGGGCACAUGUCUCGAUUGGCACACCGGCACCCUCGCCGCCCUCCCGCAAUCCAUUCCAGCCGCCAAAAGAUCUGAAUUCGCAUUGCAAUGGCGCCAGAAUUAUUUCGAUUCGAAUGCUGCGCGAUUGGCAGCAAACAAGCCGCCGGAGGAUAUUGAUUUGACGCUUAGGCACACGUUGGAUGCGAUGUUGGAUGAGGAGCGGUGGGGUGAUGUUCGCGCUGGGUUUGAGAGCCUCGGUGAUAGAGGGGAGGAGGAAAAGUUGAAGGAGAAGGUUGUGCAGGCGUGGCACUCAAUGCCGGCAUGGCCGGACGUCAAACCCGCUAUCGAUCGUCUCAAAGAACUGGGAUAUGAGAUCUUUGUGCAUGCUAACGGCACAACGCGGCUGCAACUUGAUCUCUGCCGCUCUUCGGCCCUGAGUUUUAAUAUGUUGUUUUCCAGUGAGUUGUUGGGAGUCUACAAACCUGCUAGAGAGAAUUAUGAGAAGGUUUUGAGACUGUUGAAGAGAGAGGCGGGGGAGUGUGUGCUUGUAGCAGCGCAUGCGUAUGAUACGAGGGGUGCAAAGGCGGUCGGGAUGAGGACGGUGUAUGUGCAUAGGUGGACGGAUGAUGUUGAGGAGGAUAUGAAGAUCGUCAAAGGGGAGAAUGAUGUGUUUCUGGAGAAUAUGGAGGGGUUGGGGGAUGUUAUUGCGAAUUUGUAG